UCUAAUUAAUAAAAAAAGUAAAAUGUUGGUAUAUGCAGCAGUAUUGUUGGUUGCGCGAUGUACGGAGGGUCGGCUGCUGGUCCACGCGCCAGCGGGCAUCUUCCGCGGUUUGCCGGCCAACGAUGGCGACUACGACAUGUACCUGGGCAUACCGUAUGCCAAAGUCAACGCCAGCAAUCCCUUUGGAGAAUCCAUCCCGCACGAAAAAUUUGACAACGUUUUUGAUGCAUUCACCGAGUCGGCAGUAUGUCCGCAGAUCAAGGAAGUUUAUAAACCAAACAGUGUGGAUAUACGUUAUGAGGGCACCCUCGACUGCUUACGACUUAACAUAUUCGUGCCGAAAUCAGAAAGUAAACACAGAGCUGUUUUCAUUUUUGUCUUCGGAGGCAGGUACAGAAAUGGUUACAACGAGAUAAGCAUAUAUGGACCGAAGUACCUCGUGCGUCACGAUAUAAUAGUAGUUACGAUUAAUUUUAGAAGUGGACCCUACGGUUUCAUGUGCAUGGACAUACCUGAGAUACCCGGUAAUCAGGCUCUUCGAGACCAGUACGAUGCCAUCAAAUGGGUUAGAGAUAAUAUUGAGGCAUUCGGAGGUAAUCCACAAAGGCUCACUUUAUGCGGACACAGCUCAGGGUCCGUGUUAGUUGACAUGCAUAUGCUGAGUGAAAGGCCCAGGCUAUUUCAGCAGGCCAUACUUCAAAGCGGAGCCGCCACGGGUCCAGGCUUUUUUGGUCCUUCUAAUCCAAUGACACUUGUCAAUAUCGCUAGAAAGCUCGGCUUCAAAACUAACGACACGUACUCCGCUAUGUCGUUCCUGGCCAAAGCGAGCCCCAAAGCUAUCGUUAAAGCGACAGAUAUGGAGUAUAACUGGAAACCGUGUGUCGAAAAAAAAUUUGAGGAGGUCGUUCCGUUUAUCACUGUACAUCCGGAAUCGUCAGAAGGACGAAAUGUUGAUGGAUUAAAAAUACUGGGCGGAUUCACAGAUAGAGAAAGUCUGUUUACUUUGAAUUCUUUUCAAUUUAAACCUAUAUAUAAUCUGCCUAAUGGAUUUCAAUAUUUUUUGAAUCAACAUUUUAAUCUUCAAAAUCGGAGCGACCUCGUCGACAUGGUUCAUCGCUUCUAUCUGGAUGACGAUGAAGAUCAUAAAUCCUAUGAACUCAAAAUUGUGGAUUUGCUUUCUGAUUUCCAUUUCGUGUAUCCGAAACAACGACAAAUGAUAAAGUACGCAAACCACAAGAAUACUAGUGUGUAUCUCUACAUGUUCUCUUAUGAUGGCGAUCGGAAUUUAAUGAAAAAGAUUUUAAACAUAACAGAAGCUAGGGCGACUCACGCGGAUGAGCUGGGGUACAUGUUCUCCAUGGGUUUCAUGCCCGACACAAAAUAUAAAGAUCAAUGUAUGAUCGAUAAACUUACCACGCUAUGGGCCAACUUCGUUAAAUACGGGGAGCCAACCCCCGUGACCACGGAGCUGCUACCGGUGCGCUGGCCGCCGCUGACCGGCGACACCGUACCUUGUCUGCAGAUCGACUCCAACUUAACCGUCUUGUCGCGCCCCUUUAGGAGGAGAAUGGCAUUCUGGGACCUGUUCUUUGAUGCGCACUUAGAUAAACUUCGAAUACCACCUUUAUAA